CUCCUUCUUGACGCUAUCGACAACACGCAAAGAUCCAGGAACACAGAAGAAGCAAAAACAAGGCUUUUCGUUAACCGAAGAAAUAUUUUGUUUUGUUAGAAGGAGUCUCUGUAAUCUUAUAUGAGGCCGGCGAAGCUGCUGGCCGAAAGCGUUUGUUUUUGUUUUUCGACACGUCGCUAGGCCCAGAGUGGCUGACAGCAUCAUGGCUUUGUAAUGGCGCUAUGCGGCAACUGUAAAUGCAAAUGGCGAUGCAUCGACAAAACCCCUUGCGCACCCGCGUCCUCGCAACUGCCAAGCAGUUGGGCUCCGGUACCGCUCCCGGUGUACCGUCGAGCCAACCGGUACCGCUGCUGCUGGACCGGAGGAAGUUAACCUUAAUAGUCAGCUAGUGAGGACCGCGCGAUUCCAUCCAUACGCUGCAUCUAACUACAAGUCGUGAGUUAAAUAAAAAAAUAAAUAAAUCAAAAUGAAGCCUCAAGACAUAAUCGCCGCCAAGAGCACCAGCAGCAGUCUGUGGAUCUUCGGCUACGGCUCGCUAGUGUGGAAGCCCGACUUCAAGUACAAGCGCAGCAAAGUGGGCUACAUUCGAGGCUACAAGAGGCGCUUUUGGCACGGGGACAACUUCCACCGCGGCAACGACGAGCUGCCCGGAAGAGUGGUGACGUUGAUUCCAGAGGAUGACGCGAGCACUUGGGGCGUGGCCUUCGAGGUGAGCGGCGCCCAGGUGGAGGAGGCCCUCGAGUACCUAAACGUGCGCGAGGCGGUGCGCGGCGGCUACGACAGCGAGAUGGUGGCGUUCUACCCGGAGGAGGGCGGCCCGCCCGUGACGGCGCUGCUCUACAUCGCCACCGCCGACAACCCCAUGUACCUGGGUCCGGCCGCGCCCGAGGAGAUCGGCGCCCGCAUCGCCGUGUGCCGGGGCCGCACGGGUCACAACCUGGAGUACCUGCUGCGGUUGGCCGCCUUCAUGCGCACCAGCUGCCCCCACGUCAACGACCAGCACCUGUUCGCCGUGGAGGCCGCGGCGCUGGCCGUGGUGGCCUACUUGUUGGAUGCACAGUAGCUCGUAAAUGCUCCUAAGUGAGGCUCAUUUGUUCCAUCAAAUAACACUUUAAGCAUCAUGAAGAUCAUUGCACUGUAAUGCUGAUCCGUUCUGUUAAAUCAUUUUUAGCACAGUCCUAUCAGUGUUAAUGGUUCUGCACAUGCAUUAAAACAAAUGGUUGUGACAUUGAUCAGUGUGCAAAUAAAGUCAAAGAUGAAAUGUC